UAUUGAAGCGUUACGUGGAAACACAAAUCGACGCCGUAGAGAGACAGCAAAAACCCUAAAAAAGCACUUCUAAAACCUCUCUCUCUCUCUUUCUAUUAUAAAUUGUCAAUAACCUUUCUCUCUUCUGCAGCUCCCACUUUUUUAUUUACUCUCUCGCAGCCCUAAUCUCUCUUCCUACUUGAUCAACAAUGAAAUUUUGGGGAGCUGAAGUAAAGGCUGGGAUGCCUCUUAAAGUGAGGCCUCAAGUAGACCAUCUUAUCCACUUGUCUCAGGCAACAAUUGAUGGAGCCAAGAAGGGAGAAUCUGGUCUCUUGUACGUGAAUAUUGAUUGGAAAAAAUAUGUCAUUGGAACACUCUCUCAAGACCACAUUCCCCAGAUUACCUUUGACCUUGUCUUCGAGCAGGAGUUUGAGCUCUCUCACUCUCUGUCUCAAGGAAGUGUCCACUUUGCUGGCUUCAAAUCUCCCAACAUCGAUCAAGAGGACUACCCUUCUGAUUCUGAAGAGGACGAGGUGGUGGCUGUUCCUGCUACUUCAACUGUCACUUCCGAUGGAAAUGCUGCUGCUGCUGCUUCUAAUGUCGUCAAGGCUUCUGAAGUGAAGCCUGAGUCAGACGAGGAUGAUGAUGAUGAGUCUGACGAGGAGGAGGAUGAUUCUGAAGAUGAUGGAGCCGACCCGGAGAAAUUAAUGGAGGUUGACGAGGAUGAUUCAGAGGAUGAAGAAGAAGAGGAGACCCCUAAGCAGCCUGAGCCAAUCAACAAGAAGAGGGCGGCUGCAUCUGCUUCCAAAACACCUGUCCCAGCAAAGAAGAAGACGAAAACAGCAGUAGCAGCCACUCCUCAGAAGACUCAGAACACAGAAGAGAAGAAGAAGGGCGGGCACGCAGCUACACCACACCCAGCUAAAAAGGGUGGAAAGAAUGCUAACCAGAGCCCAAAAUCUGGAGGUCAAUCAUCCGGUGGUAACAAGAAGCAAGGGAACAAGGGCAAGGGAAAAGGAAAGGGCAGAGCCUAAGUUGAAGUAGCAACUAUGAAAUUUUUUAGUUUUUAAUUUGUCUUAAAGAUUUUAUCUAUUAUCGGAAAAAAGUUAUUCAAGUAGUUUGCAACUUUAUGUAAUUCAGUAUGAGUAUUGCUGAGAUGAUAAAUAACUUGGUAUGCUACUACUGGUUAAGGGUGUUGAAAAAUACAAACAUCGUCUUCAAGUCUAA